UCAAGGUGGAGUAAGGUGGAGAAAUAUGGUUGAGUUUUUCCCCUCCCUAACUUAUUUUCCAACUCUUGGAAAAAGAACUGCUCAGCUUUGGCUUUGCUCCAAGAAAACCAAGAUCUGCUUCAGAGGAAUGCAUCUUGAAUCGAAUGAACUUAAGACUGCAAGAAAAAUGCAUUUAGAGAUGACCAUGAACUUUGAAGUCCUGAAAUUAUAGCUAUUUGAUGACAGCCAGAGCUGUGAUCUUCCCUUAACGAACAAUGCAGGCAAUUCAAACAGUGGAAAAAAAAGUCACUUUUAUAAGGGAAAUACUUUUUACAGAAUCUUUCAUAAAGAAACAAGAGCUCAGCAGAAACCCAGUGAAAAAGCAACUCUGUCAGGAGCAGCCAUUGGAAGGAGCUGUCUGCAGCUUUCAGUGCUGUACUGAGCAUGUCCUGGUGGAGCACAGUGCAAGCAGCACAUUAUGCAAAAAGGCAGCUCUAGCAGAUGGGAGAGAGGCACAGAACGCGUUUGCUUCCCUUGCACCACUGCUGCCUGAAAACAAACCUGGAUUACUUGAGAGGCUCUCGCCGUCAGGCCGAGUAAAUGAAAUCCAGCAACAUGGCUUGAUUUCUGAAGGGGCUGGAUUGCUAAAAAUCAUGGGGAACCAAGAUGGGAAGCUUAAGAAAAAUACAGGUGAUGUGCAUGAAGGAGAGGAUGCUUCUGGGCCCAAGGAUACAGAAGGCACAAAGAAGGUAGCAGGAAGCAAAAAGGGACUGGGGAAGCAUACUAAAGGAAGUGAAUCUGGCAAAAAGAAGGGUAAGUCAGACUCGAGGGCCUCGGUGUUUUCCAAUUUGAGGAUUAGAAAAAAUCUGUCCAAGGCUAAAGAUGGGACCAGCAGUUCAAGGGAGGAUGUGUUAGAAAGCCAGGCCUUGCAAACAGGGGAGCUCGACAGCACUCAUUCUAUUCUUACUAAAACUCCAGAUAUCAGUAUCUCUGCAGAUGAAGGGGGUCUCUCGGACACAGAUGUUGAUCAUUUUGAAAUUACAAAUGAAACUCGGCCAGCUGCUGCAGAGGCACAGGAUGGACAAAGGACCAGCUCCGGCUCCGAUACGGAUAUAUACAGUUUCCAUUCAGCCACAGAACAAGAGGAUUUGCUUUCUGAUAUCCAGCAAGCUAUUAGGCUGCAGCAGCAGGGGGCAAUUAACAUUAGAACUGAGGAGCAUGUCACCAAAACAAUGGACAGACACAUGGCUAAUUCUCAAGCAGCCCCCUUAGAUAUUGAACGGUUUCUUUCAGUAACCAGCAGUGACAAAGAGAGUAGCCCAGAAACGGAACAGGCUAUCUCGGCAAUAUCUGAAAUUGCAGAAAACAUUACAGCCAGUAAAACUGAAAGUGAACUGAAAGCAGCAGCUAAUAUGGGAGGGCCUCCUUAUAACAACCUAUUGACCGAGGAGCAGGAACGCCUUGCUGCUGGAGUGAAUGAGGUAGCUAACGAAGUAAAAGAUCACCCAGAUUUAGAUGCAGCUGUGAUAGAAAAUGGAUCUCUGGUAAAUGGUUCCACUUUCCAUUUUCCAACCUCAGCAACAGAUUCAGAUACUACAAUUAGAGAAGUGCAAGCUGUUGAUUUCCCAGGCUCUGUGAAAGAUGAUGCUAUUUCAGACGCAGGCCACGAUCCUGCCACUCAGACUCAGGAAGGGAAAUGCAGCACAUCAGCCAGCCAAGAGGCAUUGGAUGGCAGUUUGCCUACUGAAAUGAAAAAUGGCACUUUGUCCUCUGAGGGGAUAGCGGGGAGCCCUGCACUAAGUUCCCGAUGCUUCAAGCCCUAUCUCAUUAACCCGUGUUAUGUCAAAACCACAACCAGGCAGCUGAGUUCUCCAAACCAUUCGCCUUCUCCAUCCCCAUCGCAGAGCCCACUUUUCACAAGGAAGGACGAGUUCUUCCACAAAAAAGAAAAGGCAUCCAGCAAGAAGCAAAGGUCUGCUAGUUUGGCUGGUUUACUUAGUCGAUCAGCAGACUGGACGGAGGAGCUAUCUGAUCACAAAUGUGAUAUAUCUAAAAAGGUAGGCUCUGCAGACUACUUGGAGCCCAGGGGGUCCAGGGAGAGAUUUCAAGCAGAAAGAGUGCCUUUGACUCACUCAAGAAAGUCCUCAGGGGUGCAGGCUUCUACAGAUACCUUUCCCAAUGUCUUUACAGGACGAACUCUGUUGGAAAAGCUGUUCAGCCAGCAGGAGAAUGCACCACAGGAAGAAGCAGAGAAGCUAUGUUCUCGGAUUAUUGCAAUGGGUCUACUGCUUCCCUUCAGCGACUGUUUCAGAGAGCCAUGUAAUCAGAAUGCACAGCAAAGCACACCAACAUUUGAUCAAGAUCAGCUGUAUACUUGGGCUGCAGUUAGCCAACCCACACAUUCAUCAGAUUACAUAGAAGGGAGAUUUCCAAGGAGAGUACCGUCUGUGUGGCCACCGCCCAAACCUCCAGAUGAAGAGCAGAGAGUCAAAUAUACUGAAGCAGAAUCUGAAGCUGCUAUCUUAGAAACACAGAAGCAAGGCACAGAGGAUAUUCAUCAGGUACAGGAUGAUUUUGAGCUGAAAUCUGAGGAGCGUGCUAAUGUCAUUCAACAACUCGAGCAAACCAUUGAGGAUCUGAGGACCAAAAUUGCAGAACUGGAGAAACAGUUUCCUGCAACAGAGGCACAGACUCUUUGGAGAGACCAGGAAAGUGAACCUGGACACCUAGUUUCUAGAAGGCUCAGUGGUGUUGCUGUUCAAACAAGUGAACUGAAUGCCCUCUCCAAAACUGGUUUACAAGUAAAAUCAGUACAGACUUCACCAACAGAAAUACACGCAAUGCCUUCAGCCAAUGCACUGCCACUGCCACCUCAUCAUGUGGAAGGAGUUCGCAGCGAAGGGCCAACUCAGCACUUGCCAACUCUUGAACUACAGCCCACUUUUUGUUCUGAAUUAUCUUUAAUGCUGUCACCGAAAAUGAUCUCGGUACCACUGGAUGCAAGCCAAUCAAUGCAAAAUAUGUCACAACCACCUCUUCCAGGACCUGCAGCUGAUUUGUUCUCUUUUUCACUUGAAGGAGAGAGUGAAUUGCCACCACACUUCCAAAAUACUGAGAGUGUGACUUGCAGUGAGUGCCCCCCUUUUAUAUCCUCGGAGCCCACCCAUAGCAUUCAACAUUCACUGCCUGACACACAACUGUCUACUCCCCUGCCUGGAGCAGGAGGUCCUUCUUUCACAUCACUCCUGCCUGGGGCAGGUAUCCCACCCCCACCACCUCUGCCUGGCUCAGGACUCCUCCCUCCUUUGGUUUGGACAGCAUUGGACCCUUCUCUUCCUGGUAUUGUGAUGCCUCCCCCAGCUCUCCUUCCACCUUUGCCCAGUGGAGAGAUGCUGCAGCUGCCCCCACCCCCACCUCUCCCAACUGCAGGCAUCCCACCAGCACCGCCUUUGCCUGGAACAGGAAUGCUACCCCCUGCCCCUCCUCUGCCAUGUACAGGAAUCCUUCCCCCGACUUCUUUGCAGGGAACAGGAAUGGCGCCUCCGCCUCCCCCUCCCCCUCCUCUGCCUGGAAUGGGAAUGAUACCCCCACCCCCACCUUUGCCUGGUGCAGGUAUCCCUGCCCCUCCUCCUUUGCCGGGAACAGGAAUGCCCCCUCCACCUCCUCCCCCACCUCCCCUGCCUGGAAUGGGAAUGCCACCCCCUCCUCCACCUUUGCCUGGUACAGGCAUCCCUCCUCCUCCUCCUUUACCUGGCAUGGGAAUGCCACCUCCUCCCCCACCUCUGCCUGGUGCCAACAUCCCACCAGCCCCGCCUCUGCCCAGCAUGGGAAUGCCUCCCCCGCCCCCACCUUUGCCUGGUGCAGGAGUUCCCCCUCCUCCCCCUCCUUUGCCUAGCAUGGGAAUGCUACCACCAGCCCCCCCACCUCCACCUGGGGCCUUUCCUCCUCUGCCACCACCAGCCCAGAGCAGUAUCUUGCCAUCUGUUCCACAAGUCUGUGGGUUUCUUCCUCCUCCAUUACCAGCCAGUUUAUUUGUAAUGGGGAUGAACCAGGAUAAAGGGAGCAGAAAGCAUGCAAUAGAACCAUCUCGACCAAUGAAGCCCCUUUACUGGACAAGAAUUCAGCUCCAUAGUAAAAGAGAUUCUAAUGCUUCACUUGUGUGGGAAAAAAUUGAAGAGCCUUCCAUAGAUUAUCAUGAGUUUGAAGAACUGUUUUCUAAAACAGCUGUUAAAGAGAGGAAGAAGCCUAUUUCAGACACCAUAACUAAGACGAAGACUAAACAAGUUGUCAAGUUGUUAAGUAACAAAAGAUCACAGGCAGUUGGAAUAUUAAUGUCCAGUCUUCAUUUAGAUAUGAAAGACAUACAAUAUGCUGUUGUGAACUUGGACAACUCUGUGGUUGACCUGGAGACCCUUCAAGCCCUCUAUGAAAAUAGAGCACAAUCAGAUGAAUUGGAAAAAAUAGAAAAGCAUAGCAAGUCAUCCAAGGACAAGGAACAGACCAAGUCUUUGGACAAACCUGAACAGUUUCUUUAUGAACUUUCAUUAAUCCCAAACUUUUCAGAACGAGUCUUUUGUAUCCUAUUCCAAUCAACAUUUUCUGAAAGCAUUUGCUGUAUCCAUCGCAAACUUGAAUUGCUACAGAAACUGUGUGAGACGUUGAAAAAUGGGUCAGGAGUUAUGCAGGUUCUGGGUUUGGUUCUUGCCUUUGGAAACUACAUGAAUGGUGGAAACAGGACGCGAGGGCAAGCAGAUGGGUUUGGACUGGACAUUCUUCCAAAGCUGAAAGAUGUCAAGAGCAGUGAUAACAGCAGAAGUCUUCUAUCGUAUAUUGUCUCAUAUUACUUGCGGAAUUUUGAUGAGGACGCUGGAAAAGAGCAAUGCAUCUUUCCUCUUCCAGAGCCACAAGACCUCUUUCAAGCUUCACAAAUGAAGUUUGAAGACUUUCAAAAGGAUCUUCGAAAACUAAAAAAAGAUCUGCGAGUAUGUGAGACAGAAGCAGCAAAAGUUUAUCAGCUCUCACUAGAAGAGCACCUCCAGCCUUUCAAAGACAACAUGGAGCAAUUCAUUAGUCAAGCUAAAAUUGACCAAAAUGAUGAAGAGAAGUCACUGGCAGAAGCACAUAAAAGCUUUUUGGAAACUGCGGCUUAUUUCUGCAUGAAACCAAAAAUGGGAGAGAAAGAGGUGUCCCCACAUUCUUUCUUCAGUAUUUGGCAUGAAUUCAGUUCGGACUUUAAAGAUUUCUGGAAAAAAGAAAACAAACUUAUUCUGCAAGAAAGAGUUAAAGCAGCAGAGGAAGUAUGCAGGCAGAAAAAAGGGAAAUCACUUUACAAUAUAAAGCCAAAACAUGACUCUGGAAUUAAAGCAAAGAUAAGUAUGAAAAUAUGAGAGAAGAAAAACAAAAACUAUUGCCACCUGUUUAAUAUAAUUCAGUAUGUCAGGGGGAUGGGGGAAGGAAACUACAUCAUCCAGAUCGUUUGUUUUCUUGAUCUUUUCAAUUUGCUUUUUAUUCUCUUUUUUUUUUUUUUACUAAUUGAUGUUACUGUACAUUCAUGAAUGAAUGUAAUCACUGUAAUGGAGUGCCCAGCAAUAGACUAGUUAUGGACUUGAGACAUCUUCCCUUUACCUUGUAUCUCCUUUCUCACUCAAAAACUAAAAGAAAAAAAAAAGAUAUUUUGUAUGAUUCAUGGUAUAACACCAGUAGACCAAAACAGCAUGCAUAAGACACAGUAUCUGCAUCAGUUCAGAACAUGCUGAAAAUUACAUUUAGUUGAACUUCAUAAGCAUACUACUUGAUACAAUAAAACCGUUUCAUUCCUACUGGCAACAUCCAUCUAACACAAAUACUCCAUGGCAUUGCACUUAGAUUAGGGAAAGAAAUGUUACUUCUAGUGAAUUGUUUGUAUCCGUUUCAUGUCAACAUUUGCAGUUUGUAUUUUGAAUUGUUAAGUGCUGUUUAUACAGUAUAAUCAAUGCUUUCCCAACUUGUCUGGUUGCCCUCCAUGACUGAAUAUUUGUGGAACAAGAUGCUUAUCAUAACUAUCUUUAAAAUCGAUAAGGCAGCAUACUUUUACUUCAUCUUUUGGCAGACAAUAAAGAGUGGGUGGUGUGGGAUUCAAAAAACCAACACCAAAAAAUGUUUACGUGAAAAUAUAGAAAAGCACAGGAGUACUUCAGAGUGUAGAAGAGACACUGGGGUAUUAUAACAUGCUAAUAUGUCAGGGAGCUGAUCUGUUUACAAAAAUAAAAUAGAAAGGUGCAUUACAGUUGAGUCAUACAGGGUUCUUGUAACUACAGUGUUUCUAACGUUGCAUAACUUCCCUUUCUGAGUCAGCUUUUCAACUGAUUUAAUAUUAACAUUUAAAGAAACACAUAGGAACUGGUAUUUAAAGAAUACAGUAGUCAAAUCCAGUGACAGAAUAAUGGCUACUGGCUAAUUAAUGUCAAUUUUACACUUAAACAUCAGAGAUGUGAGUUUUAUCUCCAGCAAUCUGUAUGCUUGGCUAGGAGGCAAUAGAAAUCUGACUAGGAUUUAAUUGCUACGUAAAAUCUGAAAAUUAACCUAAGGAAUUAUCAAUGUUGAUUUGUUGAGCCAGUAACACCCUCCCCUAUGAUGUAACUACUGAGCUCAAUAGGAAUAAGCUUUGUAACAUUUCUCUUCCAAAGCACUCUUCUUGGGAGCAGCCAAUGCAUGGAAUGGCUUGGGUGUACAUGAUCACAAAUCCUUAGCCUGGAAAGCACAGGGGUAACAUAAAUUUGAGGUCUAAUCUGCUGUGGUAGAUUAUUCCCUGUCUAGUCUAGUGCAUCAUAAGACAUUCCUGACUGUCCAGAAGUUAAUAUUCUGUACCACAUGUCAUAAGGGCAGCAUAAAAUAUGACCUCAGGAAUCUGUUUUUCCUCACUUAUACCAAGCACUAGAAAAGUUGCUUUUUUUCACUUAUGUGAAAAAUAAGUCUCCUGUUGCUUGAUAAAACUAUGUGAAAUUCUGUGCUCAUGGUAAUUUCUGGAAAGGAUAUGGUUACCAAGAACUUAGUUCUAAAAUAUUGUGUUGUUGGGAAUAAUGGUAUUUUUGGGGAAAGGGAAAAGAGGAGAUUAUUUACUGUUAUGAGUAACCUAUGGAAAGUAACUAAAAAAAUAAAGCUAUUUGAAUGGCACUGAUUCAAACCCAUGUUUGUAUUUAUGUACACUAUAGUCUUUUGCUCUUAACUUUUGCAUUUAUUUUUAUUUAAGUGCAAGGAUGCAGUAGCAUGUUUUGGUUUUGUAGCUUUCCUGUUCCCUUCAGUACCUACAGUAUGUAUAUUACCAUACUAAAUUAAAUAAUAGAACAUCUAACAAAGAGCGCUAUGUGCAAUACUGUAUUUAGUGUUUCUAUUUCAAUUUUUUUAGAAUGUUAAUUUAUAUGAAAAUAAAAGGAAU